AUGCUCAACAAGCUGUCUGGACAGCCGGAAAGCUACGAGAAGAAAUCCCACUACAAAUUCGGAAGAACGCUCGGUGCUGGCACAUAUGGUAUCGUCCGGGAGGCGGAUAGCAGCAAAGGGAAAGUCGCGAUCAAGAUCAUCCUGAAGAAGAAUGUCCGAGGCAACGAGCGCAUGGUCUACGAUGAGCUGGAGAUGCUCCAGGCUCUGAACCACCCCAACAUCGUCCACUUUGUCGAUUGGUUCGAAUCAAAGGACAAGUUCUACAUCGUCACGCAACUGGCCACAGGUGGAGAGUUGUUCGAUCGCAUUUGCGAAUACGGAAAGUUCACAGAGAAGGAUGCGUCUCGAGUCAUCCGGCAGGUGCUCGGUGCCGUACAUUACCUGCACGAGCGAAACAUUGUCCACAGAGAUCUGAAGCCCGAGAACCUUCUAUACCUCACCCGCGCCCCUGAUUCCCCCUUGGUUCUGGCCGACUUCGGUAUCGCCAAGAUGUUGGAUAGCCCCAGCGAAGUUCUCACCAGCAUGGCGGGAUCGUUCGGUUACGCUGCCCCGGAGGUGAUGUUGAAGAAGGGCCACGGCAAGGCCGUCGACAUGUGGUCCCUCGGAGUCAUCACCUACACCCUCCUCUGCGGCUACUCGCCCUUCCGGUCCGAGAACCUGACCGACCUGAUCGAGGAGUGCCGCUCGGGGCGGAUCAUCUUCCACGAGCGCUACUGGCGCGACGUCUCCCAGGACGCCAAGGACUUCAUCCUCACGAUGCUGCAGCCAGACCCCGCCAAGCGUGUCACGUCCGAGGACGCCCUGAAGCACCCCUGGCUGACCGGCGAGACCGCCAGCGACCGCGACCUGCUGCCCGAGAUCCGCGCCUACAUCGCCCGGUCGCGUCUGCGCCGCGGCAUCGAGAUCAUCAAGCUGGCCAACCGCAUCGAGUCCCUCAAGAUGCAGGAGGACGACGACGAGGAUAUCCCCAGCGUCGUCGAGGUGGCGGCCGGCGAGGCCGACGCCGCGGCCCCCCACUCGACCGACCCGGCGGCCGCCUCCCCGAACGGCAAGUCCGCGCCUUCGUCCCCGGAAAGCGACGCCACGGGCCGCAAGAAGCGCAGCCUUAGCAAGGUCGCCCGCGGCGCGAUCUUCCGGGAGGUUGUCCUUGCCAAGGUGCGCGAGGCGAAGGAGACCGAGGAGCGCGAACGCGUGGAGCGGGAGGCUCGCGAGAAGACCUCUCAUGCUUGA